CUUUCCAACUUAUUUAUGCCACCACGGUUAUUUAGGAUUUGAGUACCCCAACAAGUCCAAGCUUUACUUAGCUUUUUGGAGAGAGAGAGAGAGAGAGAAAGACAGAGCCAGUUGGUUGUGUUUCCCACCAAUUUUAACUUUUUUCCCUGGGACCGUGAAAUCCUUGUGCCUCAAACUCAAGUGGGUCAUUCUUUUCUACGAGGUCCUACUCUCUCUCUCUCUCUCCCACUUGCUGGUCUUUGCUGUCUCAGCCUGUGUUACAACCUGCCCUCUUUUUCAAACUUCCCCAAUAGAUAAUUCUCUCUUUUCUAUGUUCCCUACUUCUACUUCUUCUUCUUCUCCAUAUCCAAGUAAGAUCCAAUUUUUCUUUCUUUUUCUCAUCUGGGUAUUCAUUCAUUCGGAUUGUUCUGCUUCUUCAAGGUAAUAAAAAGAUCAAGAAGUUCUGAUAUUUGUAUAGCUUGUGCUCUUUCAUUGAAUACUUGUUUGUUUCUGUAUUAUGUUCAAAACAUGGUCUUUCUGUAAUAAGGAAGGUGUUAGCUAUCAAUUCAAGCAUCUGGGGUACUCUUGAUAUUGUGUGAGCUUUACUGGGUAUUGGUAUUGCAUGUAAUGGUUGAUGUAGCUUUUGGAUUUGAGAGGUUUGUUUGGGGUCACUUGUGGGGUUUAAGGGAUGGGAUGUGUUGGACAAAAGGGGCUUUUUGUAUGAGUAUGAACUUUUCUUUUUUGGUGGAAUAGUGGUUGUGAUUUCAUGCUUGGUCCAAGACAAUGGAGUGGUUUAUGGCCAGAUUUUUACUUCUUUAGCAUUCAAAACUUUAGCUUAGUGAAAAUAUUAAUAUGAAGAACUUUCUUAAGAAGCUUCAUAUCAUGUCCAAUCAAUCAGAAGAUGCAGAAGGGUCUACUUCAUCAAAGGGAAAUAACAAGCCCAAUGAAGGGUCAUCCCCUGAUAGGAUUUUGCACUCUAGGCCCCAUCAUAAUUUUGAGCAUAAACCUCUUUCAGGGCUUUCAGGUUGGUUGAAUUCAGUUGCUAAUAGACGCAGCCCCAGUCCUCCAUUAUCUUCGAAUGAGACAAGAGGAGAGAACAUGGAACCAUCUGAUUCAGCUAGUACUGGCGGUUUAGAUGUCCCUUUGGAUGCAGUUAGGCGCGAUUCGGGUUCUAGUAACUCGAGGGAUCCGGAUAUAGAGGAAGAGUAUCAGAUACAAUUGGCUUUAGAGUUGAGUGCCAAGGAGGAUCCUGAGGCAGUUCAGAUCGAGGCUGUAAAGCAGAUCAGUUUAGGCUCCUGUGCUCUUGAUAAUACUCCAGCUGAAGUUGUUGCCUACCGAUACUGGAAUUACAAUUCUCUUAGCUAUGAUGACAAGAUCUUGGAUGGUUUCUAUGACCUGUACGGAGUUAUGACGGAAUCAGCCACAGAAAGAAUGCCAUCCCUUGUUGAUCUGCAAAGAACACGAGUGUCAGACGGUGUCACCUGGGAAGCCGUUUUGGUCAAUAGGGUUGCUGAUGCUAAUUUGUUGAAACUUGAACAGAAGGCUCUAGAGAUGGCUGUCAAAUCAAGGUCCAAUUCUCUAGUUAUUCUAGGUAGUGAUUUGGUGCGAAAGCUUGCUAUUUUAGUUGCUGACUCUAUGGGUGGACCAGUUGGGAAUCCUGAGAACAUGUUGAGAGCAUGGCGAAGUCUCAGUUACAAUUUAAAAGCAACCCUUGGUAGCAUGGUUUUGCCGCUUGGUUCUCUGAAAGUUGGGUUGGCUCGUCACCGAGCGUUGUUGUUUAAGGUUCUGGCUGAUAGUGUGGGUUUCCCAUGCCGAUUGGUGAAAGGGCAGCAAUACACGGGUUCUGACGAUGUGGCAAUGAACUUUGUAAAGAUUGAUGAUGGAAGGGAGUAUAUUGUUGAUCUAAUGGCAGAUCCUGGUACACUUAUUCCAUCUGAUGCAGCUGGGUCGCAUAUAGACUAUGACGAAUCUUUCUAUUCAGCCAGUCCUUUGUCUAGAGAUAUUGAUUCCUCUCAUAUGGCCUCUUCAAGCAGUGGGGUUGGGAGUUCAUUUGAAGAACAUUCAGACUUUGGGAUAUUUGAGAAGAGGACUAGGGUCAGUAAUUUAGCUGCUUUAGGAAAAGAAUCUGAGGAUAGAAGCGAUUUCACGUCUUCUGCAAAUAUAAACAGGCCAACUAAAAUUGAGGAAGAGCAGAAGGUUUCCUCAGAAGAUUUUAGAAAUCCCUCCAGUGUAGAGAAGGUGCCGGUGCGGGAGGCUCCUGGCCGGCCUAAUUAUCCUUACAUGCAUGCAAGAUCUCCUUCUUGGACUGAAGGUGUUAGCUCCCCUGCUGUACGUAGAAUGAAAGUGAAAGAUGUUUCACAGUACAUGAUUAAUGCUGCCAAAGAGAAUCCACAAUUAGCUCAGAAACUUCAUGAUGUGCUACUGGAGAGCGGUGUUGUUGCUCCACGAAACUUGUUUACUGAAAUUUAUUCUGAGCAGUUAGAUGUGUUGACAGCUGAGGCCAAGUCCCCGACUGAAGAUAGGGAAGAAGAUAAGCAGGGAUUUGGAACUCAAGAAAUCAAAGCUCAAGACGAUCCUGGUCCUGCUCGCUUUUUGCCUCCUCUACCUCCUCAGAGAGUGCACUCUAAAGCAAGUAAUUCUUCUGGUCAACCAGAGCAUUUUAAACCGGUGGAAUUUUUUGGGAGUAACUUUCCGCUUGAUACAGCAGAAGUAACUGGACAGCUGAUCUCAUCACAAUCUGAAGUGACUCCUGUAAAAUAUACAAAAAACGUACCUGUAGCUGCUGCUGCAGCAGCGGCAGCUGCUGUUGUAGCAUCUUCAAUGGUAGUUGCUGCUGCAAAGUCAAGCACUGACUCCAAUCUUGAACUUCCUGUAGCAGCUGCUGCCACUGCUACUGCUGCAGCUGUGGUGGCAACAACUGCAGCUGUUAGUAAGCAAUACGAGCAGGGUGCAAGAAGUGAUGGAGAUGCAGAUGGUUCUAGUUCUGGGACACGUGGUAGUGGUGACCGGCAGCAUGAUGCUUCUGGAGCCAAUUCAGAGGGUGAGAUAAUAUCAGAUAGAUCGGGAGGUAAUGAUAGUACAAAAUCUGAAGGUGCACUUGAUGAAGUUGCAGAAUGUGAGAUUCCAUGGGAGGAAAUCACCUUGGGUGAACGUAUUGGACUUGGAUCAUAUGGGGAGGUUUAUCGUGGAGACUGGCAUGGAACUGAAGUGGCUGUGAAGAGAUUUCUAGACCAAGCUAUUUCUGGUGACUCACUUGAAGAGUUCAGAAGUGAGGUUCGGAUAAUGAAAAGACUCAGGCAUCCUAAUGUUGUUCUAUUCAUGGGAGCUGUAACACGUACCCCAAAUCUUUCAAUCAUCACUGAAUUUCUUCCCAGAGGUAGUUUGUAUAGGUUGCUUCAUCGGCCUAACAAUCAAUUAGAUGAAAGAAGGCGCUUGAGGAUGGCCCUUGAUGCUGCUCGGGGAAUGAACUAUCUUCACAACUGCUCUCCCAUGAUAGUGCACCGAGAUUUGAAGUCCCCAAAUCUUCUUGUUGAUAAAAAUUGGGUUGUGAAGGUGUGCGAUUUUGGGUUAUCACGAAUGAAACAUAGCACAUUUCUCUCUUCAAGGUCAACUGCAGGGACGGCUGAGUGGAUGGCCCCAGAAGUGCUAAGAAAUGAACCUUCAAAUGAAAAGAGUGACGUUUAUAGCUUUGGGGUCAUACUAUGGGAACUCUCAACGAUGCAACAACCGUGGGGGGGAAUGAACCCAAUGCAAGUUGUUGGUGCAGUUGGAUUUCAACAUCGGCGUCUUGACAUUCCAGAUGAUAUGGAUCCUUCCAUUGCAGAUAUUAUUCGGAAAUGCUGGCAGACAGAUCCAAAAUUGAGACCAUCAUUUACUGAGAUCAUGGCCGCUCUGAAGCCGUUGCAGAAGCCCAUAACCAGUUCUCAAGUUCCUAGACAAACUGCAUUAGUUGGUAGCGCCCGUGAAAGGCCUCAACCGUCACAAGUUGCAGAAGAUCCAGCCGGCUAGAAGAGAGAGUCAGCAAGCUAACUGAUUUGCUGCUCGUUGGACUGCCAACAUUUGGUAAGAUUUCUUGUGACAAGCAAGGGAAAGAGACUGGUUGAAAAUCAUGACCCGACAUUUACUCUAAUUUGAGAUUGUGAUUCUUUUCUUCAAUUCCUUUUUUUCUUUUUCUUUUUUGGUAUUCUUCACUGUGCAGCUAUUGUCAAGGUUGUGUAUUUGUUUGUAAAAAGCCAUUGAAAUUGUUGUAGUCAAUGUUUGAAAUUUUUGCUGUACGUGAAGUUCUAUUGAGUAGUUGCAUAAGCGUUUUGCUGA